GCCGCGCAGCCAGGCCCGCCCAGCCCCGGCGGGAACGGGCACGGGCCGGGCCACGGGGAGCGGGGCUGCGGCCAUGGCGGCCAACGAGGACCAGGAGAUGGAGCUGGAGGCGCUGCGCUCCAUCUACGAGGGAGAUGUGUGCUUCAGGGAGCUCAGCCCCGUGUCCUUCCAGUACAGGACCUGGAUGUUCUUCUGAGCACAGACUGAGGCAGAUCUUUGGAUGGCUGGAGGACUUUACUGACGAAAAUUUAGGCACCCAUGGGACAGAAGGGAGACUUCUGGAAAUGCUAUAUGCAUUAGUACAGAUAGGUGAAAGUGGUGAUCCCAAAGCCUUUCUAAUAGAAGUUUCUUGGCCGGAAACAUAUCCACAAACAGCACCAGUCAUAUCGAUGGAUGCUUUCUUCAACAACACGAUAUCUGCAGCUAUUAAGCAAAGUAUAUUGGAGAAGUUAAUGGUAGAAGUUGAAGCGAAUCUUGGAACUGCUAUGACAUACACACUUUUUGAAUAUGCCAAAGACAAUAAGGAGGUGUUCAUGGAAAAUCAGCCUGUUAACACUGUGACUUCGGUAAGCAAUAGUAUUGCAAUUGGAACUCCUGAUGUGCCUGCAAGUAAGAAAAAAGAGAAAAAGGAACAGUUAUCCAAAACCCAGAAACGAAAGCUAGCUGAUAAAACAGAUAACAAAGGGGAGCUUCCACGAGGAUGGAACUGGGUGGACGUAAUUAAGCAUUUAAGCAAAACUGGUUCUAAAGAUGAUGAAUAAAGGACUUUGGUACAAGGAAACUCCACCUUUUAAUACAGUGCAAUUUUGGGUCACCAUCUCUCUCUUGAUAACUUUUGUAUUUGCUGAAGUAAACAUUUUAUAAAGCUCGAUUUCCUAACUUGUAAAUCUAGUCACACAAGUUUAUCUAGAGACUGUGUAGUCUUCUUUGGAAAAAAAAAACAAAACAACAAACUUGCCUUAAAUGAAGGUUAGAUUGUGAUCAAGGAUAUAGAGAGCCAGUGUGGUGAAGUGAAUAGUGCUGCAGUGUUUCUUAAUUUAUAUUUUAAUCUGUAGUAAAAUCCUGUUAUAGUGAACCCAAUGAUACUGUAAACAUUUCCUGAUGUUCUUAUUCCAAUUGAAGAAAGAAGCACUAUAACAGUGAUUGGUCACUUGACAGCUUAAUUCAUCAAAAUAAAUUAUUCCAUGGAAAUAAGACCUUUGUCAUUUCUUUAUCUAAUAUGAACAUAGAAGGAGAAUGUAAAAAGUGUUGCAUUGCAAAACAGACUAGAGCUUGUGGUCUCAUUUCACUAGUUAAAAUAGUAAAUACUAGUGAAAGCAAGGCCAGAUAUUCUAGUCUGCUCAAAAAUGAAUGGUUAUAGCAGAAGUGUGUCUUCUUUACUCUUGCAAUAUCCCAUCUGUUGGUCUUUCUCCAGUGUGCAUCUUUACAGGUGGCUGGAUGUCUGAGGGGCAGGAAAAGUGCUUUCUUGCAGUCUCUCAAUAAGUGUUGGGGUUUUGUAGCUCUUUCACUGGAGAAAUGGGCAUUCUUUAGCGGGGUUUGCUGACUGAGUGGUGGGACAGUGGAAGUCAGCAAUUUGUCAAACAUAUUGGGAGAACUCUUUUUUGGGUGAGCUCUUUUUUUUUUUUUUUUCCUAAUCUACCUCUCUUGUAUGAGAAAGAGAAGUCAUCUUUACUAUAUAAACUGCUAUUGAAUACAAGAUGCCUUAAUGUCCUUUAUUAUUUUUGUUUGGUUUGAGAUGAACUCUAAUAAAUGCCUAUUUAUCUGC